AUGAUGCUCAAUAUUAUCUCAAGGGCUAGUCCCCGUGCUUCAAGUACUUUGGGGAUAUCUCACUUGUCACUGAAAGUCAGAAAUGCCUCCCUGAAUUCAGCAAUUGGCCGCGGAAUUCGGAGAUCGCAAGCAAAUGACGGGGAAAAUCGUCACGGCAACACUGCCCCUAGACGUGGACGACAAUACGAGGGGCAAUACGCUCCACGACAAUACGGGAAAUCAAACGAUACCAGCGCUGCCAGGAACUCUCGUCCCAAAUACGCAGGGAAUUACGGAGGGCGACUAAGCGACAAAUUAGAGGAGUCAAGCUUGGAGCAAACAUUUGGCAAUGGCCACAAAUCACAGCAGCCACGAGGCGACAAGCGCGAACGCAAGUAUGAAAAUCAGCCAACCUGGCUAAAUUCCAGAUCGAAUCGCCGUCAAGAUGAACAACGACCAGGCAAUGCUUCUCGGCCCUUUGGGCGUGAACGACAUGAAAGACCACCCACCGAUGCGUUCGAUGAGGAUGAAUUCAUUCGCUCUGGCAAUUUCCGGGCCCUUCCACGCGAGCACCAAUUACGAUUUCCACCGAGAUCACGCGACUCCAAGUUCUCACGACCCGAAAGAGAGAGUCCUCAAAGAGAGGAACCGCGGGAGAAACCAUCCAAAUCCAGAGCCCACCGAGUUACAGAGAAAACCCCGGAGCGGGUAAAAGAGAACGUCAAGGUCCCAGAUACAAUUCCUUAUACCACACCUGCAUCGGAGUUCAUUUACGGUACCAGUGCCGUAGAGGCUGCGCUUCGCUGCAGCCGUCGUCAAAUCUACAAGCUCUAUGUCUACCAAGGAGCGGAGGAAGAACUGAAUGCCGCGAAGGUCACAAUUCGAAAGAUAGCCUUGUCAAAGAACAUUGCUGUCAAGAUGGCUUUUGGUGGAUGGGAUCGACUGAUGGACAAGAUGAGUGCCGGGCGACCUCACAAUGGGUGCAUUUUGGAAGCUUCCCCAUUGCCCAAGUUACCUGUGCGUGCAUUCCAUGCAGUGCCAUCUAUAUCCGAGGAGUAUUUCCGGGCUGAACUUGCGCCACAAUCUCGGGAAGAAGCUGCGGUUAAUGGCACUGAUGAUCGUAUCCCAAUCCACCACCCAUCCCCGCCCCCGCGUGAAGAUCAACCUCAUCGAUACCCGGUUGCCUUGCUGUUGGAUGGCGUUGUUGACCCCGGAAAUAUGGGUGCCAUCAUUCGCUCGUCCUACUUUUUAGGAAUCGAUGCCAUUGUGCUCGCUGGCCGCAACUCCGCGCCCCUGUCCCCCGUCACCAUCAAGGCUUCUGCUGGCGCUGCUGAGAACAUGCCAAUCCUCCAUGUCAAGAAUGAAAUUGAUUUCAUCCAGCGAUCCAAGGAGAAUGGGUGGCGGUUCUACGCUGCUGAUGCGCCAGGCCCCGACUCCGUGUACUUAAAUCACAUUGCAGCCGAGGGUGAUCUGGGAGGUGAAAAGCUUCCUGUUGCUACCGGGCCCAGUGUCGUGAUGAUGGGCAGUGAAGGCUCUGGGCUAAGCUCACACAUCAAAUCACACGCGAAUGCAACGGUCAGCAUCCCAGGCGCUCGCCAUACCCCAGGUAUGGGUGUUGCAUCGGACCCAGCCCGUAUCGACAGUCUGAAUGUCAGCGUUGCUGCUGCGCUGUUGAUGGAGAAGUUCCUACGAACUCCACUCGCCGUGGCGGAAACCGUCAAGAAGGAAAGGAAACCAAACAAGGAGAAGAUGUGGUGA